AUGCCGCCUUUACUCGUACCAUACAAUGAUGCCAUGCGUCUGGGCAUGGGGUUCAAUUCGUACACCCAGACAAUGUGCAUCGACAGCGCCGUCGACGCUACGGACGAGACCAUGAUAACUUCAGAGACACUCCCACCGAAAAUCACGUCUUCGACUAGGCUCUUUGAACGGGUGUCCGAAGUCGUCGACACGAUGGAUAUUUCGCGCGCUGCAACCAUCACGACUGGCGAGAUGGAAGUCCACGGACACACAAAAGCACUCAACGAUGCUGAAAUCGACGAUGCCGAUAUCAAUCUGAUGGUGUCAGUGCGGGUGAUGAGCGAAAUCACCAGCCUGAAAGGCUCUGCCAGAUUCCUUCCAAUCGAUGGCAUGGAGGCUGGAUCGGCUAGAUUCAACGAGACAUUCGGAGAUUCCUAUAUCUCUGGCUUCAUAACUGGCGGGCUCCUCACCAGUAUCAUUUCCUUCGUCAGCUCUGACCCGGAUCGCAAGGAUAAGCUGAUUGAAGCUGUCAAGAAGGGUUUAACCGAGUCUACCAUGGACUUGGAGAAUGUUUGCAAGGAAUUUGCGAUCACAUCUGUCGUCCAGGGCGUGGAGGUCGAAGACGUAAAUCGCGCUGCAGACGUACCGUCUAUUCUGAGAAUAGCCCGCGAAUUUCCUAGUGUUGUUUCUCAAGAUCCUCAGAAUACUUGGGCAAUACUUACCAAGUACAAGGCAAAUCGUAGCUUCAAUGAGUGGUCAGCUUAUCAGAUCAUGAAGCCGCUCGAUUAUGACAGUGUUGCGCCGUACACCUCUAAGCUCUUUGACACUUAUAUCCAGUACAGCCACUUGUCAAAAAAGGUCCAGGAUAUCAUCUCUGAACGAGAUCAGUAUUCCCAAGUCGACAAACCUAGGGCUAUUCCGGUUGAACUUAACGCUCUCCUGGCUACACGCAGUGCGCUUGGCAAAGAAAUAAGCAAGAUUGUUGCGGUGGUGAAUACUUUGACACGACACCCGGAGCUUCUGCCCAAGAUCGACCUUCUCAACGCGAAUAUCAAGCACAACCUCGUGCAAAAUAUCGUCAACGAAACCCUUUCGGAUUCUUCUCGAAAUAUUUCGCAACAAGCGUCCACGGUGCAAAAAGAUUCUUUCCUGUCUUCUUUUGCGGACUACGCACCGAGCGAUUCGAGCAGCGACGUCGAUGACCUUCGUACACCUUGCUCUUCUGAUUUGGAUACUUCCAGCAUCAGUACUAGAACCCUUGUGUUCCGAGAUGAAACAGUGCCCUCCACUGAUCUCGUGUUGGUCCCCCCUGAAGUUUGGGCGGACUUACUACCUGUGAAGAAUGACGCUUCGACCAGUCUCGUCAACCAGCCAGCCAAGGCCGCUCCAGCACCCACCGUCAAGUACAAAGAGCUCAAGAUUCUUGCUGCGGUAUGCGGAACCUAUGACGUGACUGCUAAGCUCCAGAAAUUGGUGAGGCCCGGAGAAAACGGAGAUCGGCUGGUCAUCCCCUUGGAAGACCUCAAAACGCUUGAGAAAAGCGAUUGCCGUAGGGAAUUGGCACCAUGGACUACGAACAACCUGUCAUUCGUCUACAAGUACACUGAUACGCCCGUACGCAUUUGUUCAUUUGGUGAUUACGCCGAGUCAACUGAAACACUGGAUAUUACUCAUGAGUAUGAGGCACAGAAUGCCACAUUUGUUCAUACUUCGCACAACACCUGUCAUAUACUGGGUAUAACAUAUGGUGGCAAGAUCUAUACUUCCUCUGAUGAUCUUCAAUCAUUCCUGGUCAAUGCCGAUGAUAUUUCACCAGGUGACUGGCCUAAUGUUCAAUUGGACGACAAAACCAUUAAUGACGAGCAUUGGGGCAAUGAUGGCAUGAUAGGUGUUGUCUUCUAUACGUACGGGAUCCUCAAUGGAGUUCAGAGCGCUGUUUUCGCAGGUAGCACAGAGUGCAUGUUGGUGGAUCAACGCGAACCUGCCGAGUAG